CGGCUGGAAGCGCGGCGCACGGGAGGCGCUGCCUGGCGCAGGGCACGCCGUUGCCACGGUGACCGCGACGGCGGAGGGCCGGACAGGUAAUUGUGGACUUCAUGGAGCCAGAAGGGCCUCCGGAGUUAGUGAGCUCAGUCAAGUCGGGAUCUUUCUCACCGCAUGAGGAGGCUCAGGAACAGGCGGCCCUGGAGUCCGAGGAGGCGACCCGUGUGAACCCCAUCUUACAGCCCGCUCUGUCAGGCAAUGUCGAAGACCUGCAGGAGAUUUUUGAGAAUCCUGAGAACCCGCAUCAUGAGCACGCCAUGAAGCUCCUCUUGGAAGAAGACAUUGUUGGCAGAAAUUUGUUGUAUGCAGCUUGCAUGGCUGGGCAAAGUGGCGUUAUUAGAGCUUUGGCCAAGUAUGGUGUGAAUCUGAACGGGAAAACGACCAGAGGGUACACACUCUUACACUGCGCUGCUGCGUGGGGGCGUUUAGAAACUUUGAAAGCCCUGGUGGAACUGGAUGUUGAUAUAGAAGCUUUGAACUUCCGGCAAGAGAAAGCUCGCGAUGUGGCAGCUCGGUAUUCGCAGACUGAGUGUGUGGAAUUCCUGGACUGGGCAGAUGCCAGGCUGACUCUGAAAAAGUGUAUCGCAAAGGCCACUCUAGCUGUUACUGACACUGAAAAGGGGCCGGGGAAGCUCUUCAAGGAAGACAAGAACACCAUCCUUAAUGCAUGUCGUGCAAAAACUGAAUGGUUGGAAACCCACACAGAGGCUUCUGUGAGUGAGCUUUUUGAGCAGAAACAACAGUUAGAAGACACUGUGACUCCCAUCCUCACAAAACUGGCUACACCCCAAAUGAUGCUAUGA